GCCAUGUCGCAGGUGCUGCCCUACGGCGAGGACAAGGUGGGUCGCUACGGCGCCGAGCCCGAGGCGGGGGAGCUGCCCUUCAGCUGCCGCCUGCAGGACACCAACGCCUUCUUCGGGGGCAACCAGGGCAAGCGGCCCCCCAAGCUGGGACAGAUCGGCCGCGCCAAGAGAGGUACGGACCCCCCGACUCGGCGCCGCGACCCCUCGCCUCCCCCCGGACCCCCAGUUGCGCCCCGCAGCAUCCCCGGUACCCCCGGUGCUGCCCCCGGCAUCGCACUGCCGCUGCACCUGCGGCUGUGCUCUAUAGCAGCGCCGGGAACCCCGGCUGUGCCCUAUAGCAUCCUUAGCGCUGCCCCAUAGCAUCCCCGGCUGUGCCCCCCUUUCCCCGAACUGUAGCUGUGCCCCAUAGCAUCCCCAGUGCCGCAUCCCCGCCUCUGCCCCGCACCAUCCCCGGCUCUGUCCCCUGGCAAUGGGCAGCUCUAGGAAUCCCACUCUGCGGCGCAGCCCCAAAGCCGCAGGAUGGACCCCACCGCUGCCCCCGGUGUACCCCGGGCAUCCCUGGGGCUGCCUCCCCGCAGCUGCUAUUAGCGGU